GUCAAAAAGUGAAACAGAACGGCAAAAAAUACACACAGAUUCAAUGUGAAAUUGUCAAAAGCUUGUAUGACUUAAAUGUAGUAUGAUUGUACGAAUCACAAUUUCUGGUUAGUUAUUUCAAUUUCAUACAGGUAGAUCGAUUGAGUACAUUGUGGUGUUCGGUGUGUGUGUGCGUGUGUGUUUUUUGUUAUUGUUGUGACUGAUUUGAUUAGACUGUGACGACUAGCGCGACUCUGUAUUGCAUAAAGAAACGAGUAAGAGAAGGGAAAUUACAAAUUUGUCAUUUCCAUUUGACACAUUCAUCGAGAGAUUCAUUCAAACGUUGCUUUCGAUCCGGAAAACAAUAGAAACGAAAAUAGACCAGUUCGCAUAACGCUGUGUUAUUUUCGGUAGAUAUUUUCCAACGAUUACAUGUGUAUUUUUGUGUCAAACAUGGAGUACAAGUGACUUUGUUCCCGUUUUGGACAGUGCAAAGACGGAAAAAAUCGUAACAACUUUGUUAAAAACCAACAAAAUUACUCCAUGCGAGUGAAUGGAUACGGACGGCUAAAUGUAGUGAUAGACACAUUCGAAUAAGUUUUGUGGAAUUUAUAAUAAAAAUAUGUAUCCAUAUUAACGUGAAUUGUAAACGCGCGAAAAGAGUACCUCCAACGAGAUACAUCUUUAUUUACUUUAUUUGUGUGUUACGUGAAAAGAUUGUAAGCGACAACGUAUGAUCAUAAAAUGUUCGAUUCAUCGAUAAAAGACUGGUGAUUGUGUAUGUAAAAUUUGUGCGAAUAAGAAACAAGAAUCCCACAAAGUGCGUCAAUCAUCGCCAUCAUCGACAAAGAGAAGACAUAGUGCUAGUUUCAAUGUGAAUGACUUUAUCCCGCAGCAAAGCACUGAAAAAUGAAUGAAUUGCAAAGUCACCAUGUGUUGUGCAACAGUAAUGCUCGGCCAGACGAAUUUCCUGAUUUCGCCGACAACAACAAUGGAGCGUUCGGCUCAUCGGAAGGCGAUAAAGAGGACCAAGGUGAUAUGUCAUUUUGUAUGAGCAAUUAUGCUCGGGAAACCAUGAAAAUGAUGUUCAUGAUGCGAUCACAUCACAUGCUCACCGAUGUCAUUAUCGAAGUACAGCAAGAACUGUUUCAUGCACACAAGGUUGUUUUGUCCGCCGCCUCGCCAUAUUUCAAAGCAAUGUUCACCGGUGGAUUAAAGGAAUCGGAAAUGUCUCGCAUUAAACUACAAGGCGUUUGUCCAACAGCGAUGGGUCGAAUACUGUAUUUCAUGUAUUCCGGUCACAUUCGCGUCACUGAAUUGACGGUCUGUACAUUGUUGCCGGCCGCAACAAUGUUUCAGGUGUCAAAUGUAAUUGAUGCAUGCUGCGCAUUUCUCGAGCGCCAAUUGGAUCCAACAAAUGCCAUUGGAAUCGCCAACUUUGCCGAACAGCAUGGAUGCACAACACUUAAGCAACGUGCCAAUCAGUUUAUUGAACGACACUUCACCCAAAUUUCGCAAGAAGAAGAAUUUCUGCAAUUAUCCGCAAUACAAUUGGUCCAAUUGAUUCGAAAGGACGAGCUAAAUGUACAAGAAGAACGCGAAGUGUACAAUGCUGUGCUGAAAUGGGUGAAAUAUGACGAGGAUACGCGAUAUCCAAAAAUGGAACACAUUUUGUAUGCGGUUCGUUGUCAGUUUUUGACACCGAAUUUCCUCAAAGAGCAAAUGCGAAAUUGUGAUGUAUUGAAAAAAGUGCCAGCCUGUCGUGAAUAUUUGGCUCGAAUAUUCAAAGAUUUAACACUACACAAGAGGACAAUCGUACGUGAACGAACACCAAACACAACUCGAAUGAUAUUUGUUGCGGGCGGAUAUUUUCGUCAUUCGUUGGAUGUGUUAGAAGGGUUCAAUAUUGAUGAUAAGACAUGGACUACGCUGCCCCGUCUUCGUGUGCCACGAAGUGGAUUGGGUGCAGCAUUUUUGAAAGGCACUUUCUAUGCUGUGGGUGGUCGAAACAACUCACCUGGUGCUUCAUACGAUUCAGACUGGGUGGAUAAGUACAAUUUAGUAAGUGAGCAAUGGCGCCCGUGCUCACCGAUGUCUGUGCCACGUAAUCGAGUCGGUGUUGCGGUGAUGGAUGAACUAUUGUACGCGGUCGGUGGAUCGGCCGGCUCGGAAUAUCACAACUCAGUCGAAUACUAUGAUCCUGACGAAGAUCGAUGGACUUUAGUUCAACCGAUGCAUUCCAAAAGGCUUGGAGUGGGAGUUGCAGUCGUCAAUCGCCUACUCUAUGCUAUCGGCGGAUUUGACGGAAACGAAAGACUUGCCUCAAUUGAAUGUUAUCAUCCAGAAAAUAACGCAUGGACCAUCUUACCUCCGAUGAAAACGGGUCGAAGCGGUGCUGGCGUUGCGGCGCUCAACCAAUUUAUUUAUGUGGUUGGAGGCUUUGAUGGAACAAGGCAAUUAGCAAGUGUGGAACGUUACGAUACGGAAAAUCAAGUAUGGGACACAGUGGCUCCAAUCAAAAUUGCUCGAAGUGCCUUAUCAUUAACUGUUCUCGACGGAAAACUGUACGCAAUGGGUGGUUUUGAUGGCCAUUCAUUUUUGAGCAUCGUUGAAUUCUACGAUCCAACACAAGACAAAUGGGAAGAGAGUACAUCAUCAGCAUUUUUAUCAUGCGGUCGUUCGGGACAUGCAUCAGCCGUCAUUUAUCAGCCAUCGUGUGCGAAUCAAUACAUGGACUGUGUGGACGAUCAGGUCCAGCGAGGUAAAAAGCCACCACCAGACGAUGACGAAAAUAGACCGGGACCAUCGAAUCCACCAGGCUGUGGCGGUGGAGGUGGAACAUCAAAACCCCUUUCACAGUCAGCAAGUACGUCGAAUCAAUUGCAUGCAUUCUCCAGAAAUCGUUGUACACAUUGUGAUGACGAAAAUAGCGACGAAUCAAAUCUAGAAGAAACAAAGACACAACGAAAAAGCGUUUGUCCCGACAAUCAAUCAAAAUAUGAGCAAGAGUGCCGUGAUGCAAUUCAUUGUCUACUACGAAUGGACGAUGACAAGCAUAUUGAGGAACCACACACCAACCACGAAAGAAUUGACAGCGUACCGAGCAACGACCAAAUGGACAUAUCCGCCGAUGAAGAAACCAACGAUUACGAUUCAUUUAAUGUGGAUAAUCCAAAGAAAAUCCGCCGGAAAUUACCAGAACCGGAAGAGUUUGAAGAAGAAAUGGGCGAAAAUAGUAACAGUUCAUGCGGAUCGAGUAAUGUUAGUAUACAUUUGCGGAAUCGACUGAAAGCUAAACCAAAUGAGAGUGGUCAUUGUUCGUUGAGCAAAUUAAACCAUAAAGUCUGGCAAAAUAUUAGCGACUUUGUAGCCUGGUCAUCAUCAUCAUCAUCAUCUUCAUCAUCAGCAAAUCCAUUGCCAAAAGCCAUUCCUCAGGAUUCCAAUAGUAAUAAUCUAUCCAAUAAUUCAUCCAAGUCAAAUAAGAAUACGUUAACGGAGGAACGCAAAUGUGAUUUAUUAAGAAAAUAUUACAAAUGUAAAUUGAAAUACUGCAACACCUCCAAAUGAUUCCGAUACUUUUGUUUUGUUUUUUGUUACUGUUCAUUAUAUUAACGAAACAGAUUUGUUGAAAACAAAUAUGAAUAGCAAUUUCUUUUUUAAAUUUAGAAGAGAUAAAAAUGAUACGAAAUCUUGUGCAAAUAGAAAUGAAAAAUUAAAAUUUAAUCGAUGAAUCGAAGAGUUUUAAACAGU